AUGGGCUCCAAUAAAGGGAUGACCACGCUGGAGAAGAAUCUUCUAAUCUUUUUAUUUGUGCUCAUGACUGCAGUCUGCAUUGGAAUAGUUGUGGUCUAUGUCAUCGAGAAGAACACCUCUACAAAUACAAAUACAGGAGACGAUGUGAUCGAUAAGGGAUGUGGGAGUUUGCAGGAGCUAACUGCGGCGUCGGGGGAAUUCUCCAGCGGGAAUUAUCCCAGCAGCUAUGACAGCGGUAUGAGCUGUAGUUGGCGUAACACGGUUGAUCACGGCCGAUAAGAUACAGGGUUUUUAAUCUAGGUGAUUCAUUUGUGGUUCGAAGACUUCUCUGUGGAAGACUGUGGAUUAUGUUAUGCAGAUUUUGUCACUCUCAGGGAUGAACUUGGAAUCAUCCGGAAGUAUUGCGGCUACUCCGCACCCAAACCCAUAGGAAACAGCCUUUCUGUGUUUUUUGACACCAACGAUGGACACGACGAGAAAGGAUUCAAACCUCUCUAUGCAUCUGACACACUCUCUCUCUUUGUCUCUUUUCUAGAAAUAGUUGGGGCUGGUGGUGUUCUUCAAGGUGACCGUGGGGAGCUGUUGACCCCUGGCUUUCCAGUGCAGAACUAUGAGAACGGAGCGCUCUACCAGUGGAAAAUACAGGUGCCGGAUGGGCAACGGGUCCGGCUAACGUUCACAGCCUUUGACCUUGUCCCAGAGUACUGUGGUGAUUUUGUGGACGUCUAUUAUGGCGCCUCAGAUGGUGGCAUCCAGUUGGGUCAUUUCUGUGGAAACGAGGUCCCAGCUCCAGUGGUGUCUGGCGGCAGUAUCAGUUCGAGCCAGACCGCUAAAGGCUUCAGCGCUGUCUACACCGUAACGACUGCCCCGCCCGUUACAACCCUGUCAACAACUACCACCAAUGCCACAACUACCCAACCAACCAGCAUCUCCAUUCAGACAACUGCCCGAACAGAUUCUGGCUGCGGGUCCCCCGGGAAGCCGUUCGGACGUAAAGGUCAGGUAAACUCCAUAAACUAUCCUCAGGCUUAUCCUGCCAACCUGUGAUGCUCCUGGGACAUCACGGUAGAUGAAGGCCUCCUCAUCAAAUUGCACAUCACCGAUCUCGCUGAUGUGGGUGAAUCUGAACAGAUGAAGUUGUGUCUCUCUCGCUCUCUCUCUCUCUCUGGAACACACUGCGGCUUCGUUCUUCCCUGUUCUGGUCACAUCAGUAACAAAAUGUCGCUCAGUUUUCAAUCAGACGUUCGACUGACCGACCGUGGAUUCUCUGCCUCAUGGGAGCCGGCCGUGUAUCCAGCGGACCUUGACGCCCUGCUGAUGCAGCUGGGAGCUCUGCCCAACGGCUAUCAGUGUUCUGUACUUGCAACCUGUUUCUGUGAGGGCUACAUCAAAUUUAUUACAGGCCCCUUUUGUGGCUCAAAAAUGCCUGGCGUCAUUGAAAGCACCUUAAAUGAAUUGGUCAUCUGUUUCCAUGCUCAUUGUUUCACCGAGGCCAAAGGUUUCCGAGCACACUGGACCACCGAUCCGACACUGACCACCCGUACAGAUCCUCCGGCACCACCCAACCCGUGGGACGACAUCACGAUAGAUUGGCCCCUUCAAUCCCUCCUCCGCCAAAGCUCACUCCUGGCCUUGGCAAGUAAUGCCGUUUGGCCUGAAUCUCAGCCCACGCCUGCAUUCUUUCAUACAUGUGGAGGAACUCUCAUCCAUUUUAAGAAUAAAAAUAAGCUUUAUGUCUCUAUUUGUUGCUCGACAUGUAACUCAACAGCUCCUAAAGUGGCCGGCAAUCAGGUCAAUGCCCUGCCUGUAGUGCCUUGUAGUGUAUAUAUGGACUAUUGGUGGUUCCAGGUGAAGCCCUCUAUGAUCUGCUGUGGUUACAUGUUACACGAUGAACUCAAGUCUGUGUGCCAGGGCGACUCAGGUGGGCCGUUGGUUUGUCAAUACAGCCCAUCGUCCCCCUUGGAGGUGUAUGGCAUCACCAGCUUUGGCCCCAUCGGCUGCAUCAUGGACAAAAAGUCCAGCGCAUUCACCCGAUCCUAUGCCUACCUCGACUGGAUUGAAAACAUCAUUCGGAAAGAUAUCUACGACCUCACCAGUUCUGGUUGUGGAGGACUCAAAGAUCUGGUUGGCACCAAAGGUUUUCUGUCAUCAACAAACUAUCCUGACAGUUAUGGAGCUUCCUGCCAGUGGAAUAUUCGUGUGCCUACAGGGAAAAACGUCCAUCUCCACUUUAGCAACUUCUCCCUGGAGAAGACCACACUGUGCCUCAACGACAAAGUCACUCUCAGCGAUAACAUCGGCUCAGUUACCCACUGUAGCACAUCUCCACCGAGAGAUUUGGUCACGGCUGGCGACAUACUGUCUGUCAGUUUCUCCUCCAAUGACAAAGUUGUGGACUUGGGGUUCGGUGCCCAUUGGAAAGCAGUUGAUCCUGCUGACAUCGAGAUUAAGUAAUAGCACAGAGAGCACUUUACCGCCGUUGGUUGCGGGGGGCACUUCACCAGUGAACAGGGGGAGUUACAGUCCAUCCCUUCUGCCAGGAGAAUUUAUGUGGUAUUUACUCACUUUGAACUGCAGGCCGUCAACCUGCUGGGAAAGUGUGUGGAUUAUGUGGAGAUCUUCAAUUCCAGUGACUUAUCAAUGGAUAAGACUACAGUAUCUUUUUUAGACAAAUUCUGCGGCUUUGUUCAACCAUCCCUGAGUCUCCCUUAUAACAAAAUCACCAUCCGUUUCCUAAGUAACGCAGCUGGACAGGAAAAGGGUUUCCGGGGGUACUGGACCACAGAUCCAAGUGUUUUUCCCACUCUCCCCCCUCCUCUGCCCAAUCCAUGGGAUGACAUUCUCAUCAGGUGACUCAGGUGGCCCGUUUGUGUGCAAGCAGACAGGCACUGGAGCAUCAUGGGAAGUUCACGGCGUGGUGAGCUUCAGGCCCCGGGGCUGCAUUGUGGAUAAGAAGCCCUCUGUGUCAGCCUUUAGUCACUGGAUAGAGGACAACAUCAAGCGUUACACCUACGAGAACAUGUCAAGAUGACCCCGAAUUGUCUGAGAAGAGACGGGGGUAGUGUACUAACCAGGAAAAAGGCAAAAAGUUUUUCUGUGUGAAAUAAAAAGGAUGAGUGGAUUCAUAAAAAAAAACAUCAAAAGAUGAUCAUAAAUAGAACAUUUCAAAACAUUUUGUACAAAGUUCUAAUAAUAAAAGCAUAGUUUUACAUCGCUCCACAAAACGGCGCCUAAUAAAACAUUUUUGUUAAAGGGAUAGUUCACUCAAAAAUGAAAAUUAUGUCAUC